AUGUCCUACCCUCAGCGGGCUGCACGCAGCGGCGACCACACCUCCCGCGCACACACCAGUACCACCGCGGGCGGGGCCCGCACACCACCGCCUCUGCGAACCACAGGCCAGGAAGCACCUAAGAGCCUGGCCCGACGGCCCCGCCGCGUUCCAGACGUCCCGCCGCCGCCGGCCGCCCGCGACCCCGACGCAGACCCGGCGUGGACGCUCAGGUUCAGCCCGACCCCGCCCAAGUCUGCGGACACCCCCCGAGUUCCCGGCUCCCCGACGGCGCUCUCCGCGGUCGCCUCCGCGCCGGGCCGCCCCGAAGACCACGCGCCUUUCCGUGCCCCGGGAUCCCCGCCGCCACCGGCCCUGGACGCCACCCGGGAGGACCCCGACUCUCCGCCCAGCCGCCCCGAGGACCACGCGUCCCCGCAGUCCGCGCCCCCGUCGCUGAACGCCGCCCUUCUGCAGACCCUGGGGCACCUGGGCGACAUCGUGGCCAUCCUGGGCCCGCUGCGCGACCAGCUGCUGACCCUGAACCAGCACGUGGAGCAGCUGCGCGGCUCCUUCGACCAGACCGUGUCCCUGGCCGUCGGCUUCAUCUUAGGCAGCGCCGCCGCCGAGCGAGGCGUCCUGGCCGACCGGCGAGAGUGAGGCCUGACCUGCACUGUCCCUUCUGUAGGACCGUGUCUCCUCUGCCCUGACCCCAUCCUGUGACCCUCCCCAACUCCAAAUCUAGGUACGUUUAAUAAAAAGGUUGUUUA